AUGGGCAACCUCAAGUUUCUCGCUCUCUUGGCUUUGCUCCUUUCCCUCUCUCUCGCUGUUUUUGCCGACACAUCCAACGAUGCCGCUACACAUGAUAAAGAAGAAGUGAAGCCAAGUGAAGCAACGGAUGUCAUAGAGCCACAACAACGUGGUUGUAGAUACGGAUGUUGCGGAGCCUAUGCUUAUGGACAGUGUGCCGCUUGCUGCAGCCGACCCCAGGCCGAGGAAGCCAAAACCGAGGCCAAUGAAGUUGUGGUAGAGCCUCAGCAGCGGGGCCGUGGUGGUUGUAGGUACGGAUGUUGCGGAGCCUACGCUUAUGGACGAUGCAGCGCUUGCUGCAGCAAAGCCCAGGCGGUGGAGGCCGUGGAAACCGAGGCUGUUGAGGAAAACUCUGUUGAGCCUCAGCAGCGAGGAGGGCCAGGAGGCCGUGGUGGUUGUAGAUACGGAUGUUGUGGAGCAUGGCGUUAUGGACGGUGCAGCUACUGUUGCCGAAGUCCUCAAACCGAGUCUGAAGUUGUUGAGCCCCAGCAAGUCCGUAGAUGUAGGUACGGUUGCUGCGGAAGGUACCCUUAUGCGCGGUGCAGUGUUUGUUGUACCAAAAAGAUGGCUACUGAGGAAGAGAAGAAAACGGAAGAGGCUAAGCCAUGA